AAAUACGCGAAACGGUCACGGAUUAUUUUAAUUCUCACGAUCUCGUAGAUAAACGUAAUCGGAGAUAUGUUACUCUUGAUGAGAAUCUACGUGAAAUCCUUGCGGGCAAAAAAUCCGAAGAACCCAUACCUGACCAAAUGACACGAGAUGAUUUAUUCCAGCAUGUCAGAGAACGCAUGGAGUCAUGCCAUUUAUUUACUUUUCCAGGAAAUGAACCUGAAUUGAGGAAAGGAUUACCAAAGCAUUUACAAAUUUCGGAAGCGAGUCGCUCAGGUAACAAGAUAGUUACGAUUGUCCGAGGUUUAGAAGAUUACAGAAUUGAUCCCAAUGAUUUGGUGGAGCCUUUUAAAAAAUUAUGUGCAAGUAGCGUAGCUGUUAAUCCAACGCAGCAAUCAUCUCCAAAGAAACCCUUGUAUGAAAUUAUGGUCCAAGGACCUCAGACUACGCUUGUUAAAGAUUACUUGGUUAACACAAAGGGCGUUCCCGAAAAGUACAUUGCAAUAACAUUGGCAAAAAAAG